ACCAGAUCUAAUUCUUAGUUAUCUAUUACAAAAAGAUUAUAGCUUUAUUACUAGAAUACUAAGAACCGACGAAAAAAAUAGAAAAAAAUUUCUGAAUUUCUGGCAUGGUAGGUGUAGGUUGCGGGUUAUACUACUUUCAAGUUUCAACCCUCUUAUUCAUAGAGUGUCACAAAGACUAAAAAAUUCUACCAUUUUUGAAAUACUUGAAAGAAAAUGCCUCAAUUUGAAUUGAAAGCAGGUAGUAGACCACCAUGGGUAGGUUUAGCAGCUGCUGUUUGGGUUGAAUUUGCUGCUGGAAAUUCAUAUACUUUUCCCCUUUUCUCUCCUUCAUUGAAAUCUGUAUUGGGUUUUACUCAACAGCAGAUUACAAUCCUUGGUGUGGCUAAUGACUUUGGUGAAAGUGUGGGUAUUUUGCCUGGCCUUGCUUGUAACAAGUUCCCACCUUGGGCUGUUCUUGCUGUUGGUGCUUUGGGUUGUUUCUUGGGUUAUGGUCUUCUUUGGCUUUCUAUUUCCCAGACUGUUCUUAACUUGCCUUAUUGGUUGUUGUGGCUUGCGCUGGUUAUCGGGGCUAAUAGCAGUGCAUGGUUUGGAACUGCUGUUCUCGUUACCAACAUGAGAAACUUCCCUUUAAGUAGGGGGACUGUUGCUGGUCUUCUGAAGGGCUAUGUUGGUCUUAGCGCUGCAAUAUAUACAGAGGUAUACGGUAUGGUGCUUCAUAAAUCUGAUACGUCACUCCUCCUAUUUCUGACUGUCGGCCUCCCUAUCAUAUGCCUUUCCAUGAUGUAUUUCGUCAGACCAUGUACUCCAGCAGCUGGGGAAGACUCUUCCGAAAACAAACAUUUCCUGUUUACCCAAGCGGCUAGUAUCAUUCUAGGAAUUUAUCUCCUCACAAGCACCAUUAUUGCCGAUAAACUUUCCGUCCAGAGAGCCAUUUGCUAUGUAUUUAUUGUUAUAAUGGUUAUUUUCAUGAUGGCUCCCCUUGCAAUCCCUAUCAAAAUGACGUUAUUCCCUUCCAGCAAAAAACUUUCUCGACCGGUUGAUUCUUCAGAUCAGCUGGUCGUAGAUGCAGACGAGUCGACUCAAAUAGAACCUUUGUUGCCCAAAUCUUUGUCCGAGUAUCUUGGGAGUUUUCGAGAAGAUGAAGAUGCUUCUGAAGUGGACAUCCUUUUGGCAGUUGGAGAGGGUGCCGUGCCUGUCAAACGGAAAAGGAGACCGCAUAGAGGAGAGGACUUUAAGUUUAAGGAAGUAUUAAUCAAGGCUGAUUUCUGGCUUUUGUGGUUGGUGUACUUUCUAGGGGUGGGUUCUGGUGUAACUGUUCUGAACAACUUGGCACAGAUUGGUUAUGCACAAGCAGAGCAAGAUACUAGCAUACUGUUGUCCCUAUUUGCUUUCUGCAAUUUCCUAGGUCGCUUGGGUGGAGGUGCUGUUUCGGAACAUUUUGUAAGAUGGAAGACACUUCCUCGUACGAUAUGGAUGACAGUAACUCAACUAUUUAUGGUCCUAGCCUACUUUUUGUAUGCAUAUGCUCUCCGUGGUACCCUUGAAGUAGCCACCGCAUUGCUCGGGAUCUGCUACGGAGCUCAGACUGCAGUAAUGAUUCCAACCGCCUCUGAGCUAUUUGGGCUUAAACAUUUCGGUGUUAUUUACAAUUUCAUACAGUUAGGCAAUCCCAUUGCCGCUCUUCUUUUAUCAGGAAUACUUGCUGGUUCUGUAUAUGAUGCUGAAGCUGCCAAACAAGGUGCCUCAACUUGCAUCGGUGCUUCUUGUUUUAAGCUUACGUUCUUUGUUCUUGCUGGACUUUGCGGGUUGGGAUCCUUAUUAUCCGUAAUUCUAACUAUAAGAAUCAAACCCGUAUACCAAAUGCUCUAUGCCGGAGGUUCUUUCCGUUCACCUCAAGGAUCACAUCACUGACUAAAGGGUGGCUACAGGCAUUCUGAUCGAAUUAGCCUUGUGCUACCCGAUGAGGCGAUGAACAUAAACCUUGCCGUUUAGACUUGUACUAGAAAUCUAGAACCCGAAAUCAAGGAUUCUUUUUGCCCUGUGAUUUCCGGCUAUUCAUAGUAUCUGUUUGUAUACAUACUCCGGUGCAUGGCGUUGUAUUAGAGGCUAGAAUAUCUGUUAGUUGGUAACUUGGUACUCUUACUCUGUUCGUCCCUUUGAGUUCGCCAUAUGAAAGCCUCUUAUGGAGAAAUAAAUUUGCACAAAUUCAAGAGGAUGAAGUACUUAGAGUGUCUCACAAUUAUAAGAGAUACUAUUUUCUAGAUAGUAUUAUGUACUUUUUAAUAUGGUCGUUUUUUUGACUAAAUUUACAUGAUCUAAGAUUGAAUCUUGUUUAUUAGCUAGUUGUUUUGUAUUCGUCCUUAAAAAUUUAUUGAUGAUUUAUAAGAAUAUUGAUAUAUAUUUUUCAUAAAUGAUGAAAAUAGACAUCACAAUAUUAAUAUUAAUAUUA